CUGCUGGGGAGAUGUGUUGGUGUGUUGUUCCCCUCUCUGUGGUUCAGUCCGUCUGUUGCCCCUGAAUGCUGGGGUUUAUUUAUCCAUUUUGGCCCCUGCGGCCGCUGCAUUGCUCUGUGCAACUUGCUCUCUCCCAAGUCGUCUCAUCAUAGAACAUCCAUACAGACACCAUGGUCGCCAUCCGCCUGCCUCGUCCAACGGGCGUCUAUGUCCCCAACUCGCCCAGGAGCGUCACCUCCGACAUGAUCUCGUCUCCUCUGGCCGCCGACUUCAACUUCGACGCCGAAACCCUGACUCCAUCCAUCAUCCCCGCUCUCGAGUACAUCUCCUCCAAGCUCCAGCAGAAAACGAGGCACGUCACUCUCCUCGUCGGUCGUGGAAAGCCCUAUCCUACAGGCCGACCGUCAGACCUCAUCGUCAUCCCCUCUGCCACUCUCGAGCCCUCCGUGCACCGCUCCCUGGCGCGCAUCUUCGCCAAAGCAGCACUGAAAUUCUCACUCGGCCGGAGCUGGUCCGACGCCCUUGCUCGCUCGCAGCACGAGCGCUCAGCGAACAAGUACCUCAUUGAGCGCUCGAUCUUGCAGAACGAGGUCGUGUUCAGUCGGGAGGGGCUGACGCUGCUCAACGUUGACCGGAUCUAUACGUUUAAGCGUCGCCUUUGCAUUCUUUCUACUUCAGAUUCAACAGCACAAAACCCACGACGUGACUCUUACAUUGGAUCAUGCGUGCGCCUCCUCCACCGCACAAUCCAGGACUUUAACGGCCGCCCGUUCAGCAAGGCUUUCUUCCACCGCGUCUAUGAACAGCUGGAUGUCGACGACUCUCUUCUCUCACAUGUCGCAGGCGUCUACAAGAAGCAGUAUAAACAGGAGGGCAUUGUCAUCCCUCCCACUUCAGCUACAACUAAAGCCCCAACCCCAACUACAGCUACAACCCCCGCAUCAGCACCAGCUGCUGCACCCCCCAAAGCUAGCCCGAUCAAGCCCAUAAACCCCCUCAAACCGACCAGCACAGUAACAGUCACCGCCAUAGCCGAAAAGAAGGAAUUCAAGAAAGUCCUAAAGUCACCCGUGCGCGCGAUCCGGAUCCGCAAGCAAUCAUCGGGCCCUCCACUCUCAGGAGCCAACAGCGCUACAAGGCGCGGGCCCAAGACGCCUCUCUCGGCAUCGGAUGUCACACCCAUCACGCGCAACGAGUGGAAUCUGCUCUUUGGGCCGGACUUUAGAAAGAAUAGACCUGUCGUCACCAAGUGGACGCCUUCGCCCACUGUUCUUGCUGCGGCUUAAUAUUAACUACGCUUGUAUAAAACAGGUGUUUAUGGUUAUGUAUUUUGCUGCUGGAUUUGAGCGGAUUGGUUCGUACUCCUAUACUGCGUUAUAAUGGGUGCAGGAUCAACUUCCGAAGAGGGCUCAUGUCCGGCGAAAGAGCACUCAGCAUCUCCACUACUGAUGGGAGCCCACCGAACCAUGACAGACAGCUCUGCUGUCAACCAAACCGAGACUGGUCCUUAUGACUGUGGUCUUUAUGUGACCGGCCUUCCCCCGGUAUUAUACCAUUUCCAGUGCUUGGGGAUUCCACGACUUAAUGACGAAACGAGACGAACUUAACUUCAUGUAUAUAGUUGUUAAACAAUGUAACACUAUGUGAUACUCACCAAGUAAUGCAGUUUACCGGCUCUUCACCAUAGUAUUAAAACCUGAUGUACUCCAAAAUGCAAGUCUAUAUCAUGG